CACAUCUCCCGCCCGGCCCCUGACUUGAGCGAACCGCUCACGACGAUUACGAUUAACCCACGUGUGAUCUUUUCCUGGUCGGCCCCGGUGCGCUGACCCUUAUUUGACCGUCGGUACUUCGCUUCACCUUUUGUUUGUGGUUCUCGCGUGUAAUGAUACCCGAUUCAUUCGACACCUGAGUCCGAAGAAAGUUUGGAUACGCCCGAUUACGGAAAUACUGCUCGCCACGCCCAUUCGACCUUCCGGAGGCCGUUGAUCCUGGGAGAAAAAAAACCUGCAAGGCAAUAGGCAUUGCGCUGUCUCAACUGCGCCAAAGUCCAUCCUUAUCAAGAUGAUGUCUCGGAGCCAGUCGAGUCUGGGAUAUCUGGAUUCGAAUCGGGAUGACCAUUCAGGUUCAGGUAUCUCGCCUGGACAGCAACAGCCGCCUUCGACAUCGGGUCCUAUAAACCUGUCGGGUCUAGUGUGCAAUGUUCGCCGAACCACAGGAAGAGAACCGCAUCCCCUAGUAGGAGCGACGACAACUAUAUUAGGCGAUAAGCUCUACGUGUUCGGUGGCCGCGUUCUCUCGAAGACUCGCCCGCAGUUGACGUCCGACAUAUACGAGCUGGACUUGAUUCGACGUCACUGGACCAAGAUUGAUGCCACCGGCGAUAUUCCCCGUCCGCGAUAUUUCCACAGCGUCUGCGCUCUUGGAGACAACAAAUUGGUGUGCUAUGGUGGUAUGUCCCCCAAGGAUACAACGCCCAAUGGCUCCAACGGGCAGGAAGCGCAGCCAGAGGUGGUUGUGAUGUCAGAUAUACAUAUAUUCGAUGUGCCUUCGCGGACGUGGACCCGGGUCACUGCUACCGACUCGCCCCAGGGACGAUACGCCCAUUGUGCGACAGUCCUACCUUCCAGUGCUCACUUCACCUCAGCAACUGCUCCUCUUUCUGCUAUUCACCAUAACCCUGCAUCGUCGAACCCUCAUCAGGGCUCAAUCGGUGUGGACAUUGAUGGGUUUGGGGGCGCGGAGAUGGUGGUGGUGGGCGGUCAAGACAGCUCCAACCAUUAUAUCGAGCAAAUAAGUGUGUUCAACCUCCGCAGUCUGAAGUGGACCAACACGAGCCCGUUGGGAAGAAGUUGCGGCGCUUAUCGUAGUGUGGUUGCCCCAUUGGCCGGUGUGAAGGUGUCUGACAUUGGAUCCGCUUCAAUCGAUAAGGAAGCACAUGAACCUGUGGAGGAGUCACAAGUCGCGGGCUGUCCCAUGCUGAUCUACUCGAACUACAACUUCUUGGAUGUUAAACUAGAGCUUCAAGUGCGUUUACCGGAUGGCCGCCUGAUCGAGAAGCCGAUGCAGAAUCAAGCAUCACCUCCUGGUUUGAGGUUCCCGAACGGAGGCGUCAUCAAUGGACACUUUGUGGUGAGCGGCACCUAUCUUACCUCCUCAAAGCAGGAAUAUGCCCUGUGGGCCCUCGACCUGAAGACACUCACUUGGGGCCGUAUCGAUGCUGGCGGAACCGUGUUCGGUCAGGGCAGCUGGAACCGCGGAGUGCUGUGGGCGAGAAGGAAUACCUUUGUGAUUCUCGGCCAUCGGAAACGUAGUCUUGUGGAGGAUUACAACCACCGGCGGCUCAACUUCUCGCAUGUUUGCAUGGUCGAGUUGGAAGCGUUUGGGCUCUACAACAAUCCGUGCAGGACAUCUCCGACGUCCGGAUACAUCUCUCAUAGCUCGCCUGCAGUUCCUGCAUCUCUUCACCCCAAACUGACACAACUAACAUCUGGUGGAAGGCCGUUCUCAUCCGCCUCUGACGAACUGGGAAGAUUAGCCCAAACCCUUCCCGAGAUGGCCGACAUGGAACUUCAAGCAGCGGGAGGCGAACGUAUCCCCGUGAAUUCACGAAUCUUGACUAGAAGAUGGGGGCCAUACUUUAUCCAGCUUCUACGAGAGUCGUCUGACAAUGGGGUCUCCGACUCCGCCACAUUACGUGGAGCAAUGCAGAUGUAUCCAAACCGUAACUCCAGCAUCACAAUCACCCCGUCGAUAGGACCAAACAGCACUUAUUCCAACGCCACUACUCUCGUCAGCAAUCAUUCGAACCCAUCUAAGUCAUUGUUAGCGAAUCUUGAGAUACCCUCUGCGCAUAGUUUACCUCCUACAUCUAGGCCUCGUGUGCUGUACUUGCCUCAUACCUACCUCACCUUACAGGUCCUCGUCUACUACUUCUACACAUCUUCCCUCCCGCAAGCUGGAUCCUCCCUCUGCACACCCCAAAUACUCUGUUCCCUUCUCCAACUUGCGCGACCGUACCAAGUCGACGGCCUUCUGGAGGCCACCGUCGAAAGACUUCAUCAGGUCCUCGACGGGCGAAACGCCGCUGCCGUCUUUAACGCUGCUGCCAUGGCUGCAGGUGGUGGCAGAGGCACCGGCUUCACCAGUGGGCCCGGAGGCACUUUGGAAGCUCUGAACGGCGUCCACGGCGCCACAGAUUCCGCUUCCGGUACAGGAACGGACACAUCACACAGCCAUCUCACCUCGGACUCCUCCGACACCGAACACGGCGCAUCUGGCGUCUCCAUCGCGAGCAGCACGAGCGGCGCCGCUAGUGGCUCCCGAGGCAUUCCCCUCCGCAUCAACACCAACAUUUUCAGCCGCCGACAACGCAACAACACCGCCAACGCCGACCGCGACCGUGAGCGUGAGCGUGAGCGCGACCGCGACGACUCAAUUAGCAACGCAAGCACCGCCACCUCCGCCUCCACCAGCACCAGCUUCGACCACUCCGACACCGACGAUGCCCACUCCCACCGCCGCCGCAACACAGACGCCGAGCUCCACCCUAACCGCGAAAUUUGGACCGGAGACCUCAGCAGCGUCAUUGGCCUGCAAAAACGCGGUCUUCGCGGCCUCAUGGAAGGUCGUAGACUGCGCGAGCGCAACGUUAAACCGGCGAGUACAAGCGGACCCGUAUCGGUUCCCCAGGAACUUUCCGCGUCCGCAGGUGGUGUUUGACGGAUAGAUGGAUAUAAUCCUAUUCCAUUUUUUCCUGCCUUUUCUGUUUUUCCCCUAUGCCUUGUAUCCUUGCCCAUAGCAAUGGUUUCAUUUUUCCUUUUCCAUGAUCCUCCCGUAUGUCAUGAUCUUGAUGAGGAUUUAGAGGUUUUUGAGUGAAAUGUAUAGAAUUUUACCUCGGUUUCUUCCGUAAAGGUCUUUUCAUGGGUAUUCAUAUAUGUAAUGCGGAUAACUCUUCUACAAUUGGGUAGGGGGC